UUCAAAGCAGUUUAGGCCGAGGAAACAAUGGGACCAUGUUGCUUUUCAGCACAGGAUCAGUUUGACAACCUUGAAAAACACACACAGUGGGGUAUUGACGUCCUGGAGAAAUACAUCAAGUUUGUCAAAGAGAGGACGGAGAUAGAAAUCAACUAUGCAAAGCAACUUAGGAAUCUUUCGAAGAAAUACCAGCCCAAAAAGAACUCCAAAGAAGAAGAUGAAUACAAAUAUUCGUCAUGUCGAGCCUUCUUAGCCACCCUCAACGAAAUCAACGACUACGCAGGGCAGCACGAAGUUAUUUCGGAGAACAUGACUUCCCAAAUCACCACUGAACUUGCCCGCUACGUGCAGGAGCUGAAGCAAGAGAGGAAAUCGCACUUCCACGAUGGCCGAAAAGCACAGCAGCAUAUCGAAACUUGCUGGAAACAGCUUGAAUCGAGUAAAAGGCGCUUUGAACGGGACUGCAAGGAAGCCGACAGGGCGCAGCAGUAUUUUGAAAAGAUGGACGCCGACAUCAACGUAACAAAGGCAGACGUCGAAAAGGCGCGGCAGCAAGCUCAGCUCCGUCACCAGAUGGCCGAAGAGAGCAAAGCAGAAUACUCGUCCACGUUGCAGAAGUUCAACCACGAGCAGCACGAGCAUUACCACACGCACAUACCCAACAUCUUCCAGAAAAUCCAAGAGAUGGAAGAGAGGAGGAUAGUCCGGUUAGGCGAAUCGAUGAAAACCUUUGCGGAGGUGGACCGACAAGUGAUCCCCAUAAUCGGGAGGUGUCUGGAUGAGAUAACGAAAGCGGCAGAAUCCAUCAACCAGAAGAAUGAUUCACAGAUGGUCAUAGAAGCCUUUAAGUCUGGCUUUGAGCCUCCAGGUGAUGUUGACUUUGAAGACUUCACCCAGCCAAUCAAGCGCACCAUCUCUGAGUCCAGCCUUUCCAACUCCAAAGACGGCAAAUCUGAAUCCAGGUUCUCCAGCAAGUCCAAGGGCAAGUUGUGGCCGUUCAUCAAAAAAAACAAGCUUAUGUCCCUUUUAACAUCCCCCCAUCAGCCCCCUCCUCCGCCCCCUUCCUCUGGCUCACCCUCUGCUGUUCCCAACGGCCCCCAGUCUCCCAAGCAGCAAAAGGAGCCCCUGUCCCAUCGCUUCAACGAGUUCAUGACCUCCAAACCCAAAAUCCACUGCUUCAGGAGUCUAAAACGCGGGCAGCAGUCUCAGUCUUUGUAUUUUCACAAAGAACUCAUGAAGAGGACGUUAGGCAAACCCACGUAUGCCCAUGAGGCUAGGGAAUAUGUUCUUUCUCUCAAGCUGAUAACUUUGAAUAUGCAGGUCUGGAAUCUAAUGGAGGGUGCCGGGCCCGAGGAUUUCAGCAAUCUGCCCCCCGAGCAAAGGAGAAAGAAGCUCCAGCAAAAGGUGGACGAGCUCAACAAGGACAUCCAGAAAGAGCUGGAUCAAAGAGAUGCCUUAACGAAAAUGAAAGACGUCUACAUUAAGAACCCGCAGAUGGGAGAUGCCGCCAGCGUGGACCACAAGUUAGCUGAGCUUGGGCAGAACUUGGAGAAGCUGCGGCUCGAAGAACAGAAAUUUUUGGGCUGGCUUGCUGAGGUUGAAGGCCGUUUGCCUGUACGGACUGAGCCGGCACGCCGUCAGAGCGGAUUGUAUGAACCUCAGAACACCCUGACUGUCAAUAACUGCGCCCAGGACCGUGAGAGCAGUCCGGAUGGCAGUUAUACAGAGGAGCCGAGCCAGGAGAGUGAGCUGAAGGCACCGCCGCCGGAUUUUGACGACGAGUUUGACGACGAAGAGCCGCUGCCCACCAUUGGGACAUGCAAAGCCUUGUAUACCUUUGAAGGUCAGAAUGAAGGAACCAUUUCCGUCACCGAAGGCGAAACGCUGUACGUCAUAGAGGAAGACAAAGGCGACGGCUGGACGCGGAUCCGGCGGAACGAAGACGAGGAAGGCUACGUCCCCACCUCCUACGUGGACGUCUUUUUGGAUAAGAAUGUCAAAGAUUCCUAAAAGUCUUGGUCGCUGGCGCAAGAACUUCGGGGCGAGCGUGGCGCAGGAGAAACAAAUGGUCUGAUCUUUUUUAUCAAAACAAAACAUCCAGUUUGUGGCAGGGUUCCCCCCCCUCAAAAAAGCCCCUGCCCCUCCAUUACAUGGAUUCCCCCGGCUCGUCACGGAAUCAGCAUUUGGGGCGGUGGGUGGGAUACAUUCCCAAACUGUAGGUUGCAUCUCAGCUCUCGACUCCAUCACUCAGUUGCUUGCUCAAAUCUCCGGCAUGCUACCUGCUGCAUAAACUAACCCAUCCCCACCCCCCGCCUUUCCUUCUGUGGGACGGGUUUCUCUAGGAAAGGGACCCCCACACGUUGUAUCAGUGAGGCCCUAGCCCUUCUGGGCUACCUCUGCCCAUCCGGACUGCUGCUAAAAUGCUGUGCAAGGCAGAUUAGCAUUGUGCCCAUUUUACAGACGACGGGCUGAGGCUGGGAAGAGAAAGGUUUGUAAUCUGCGGUCUCCAGGGCUGAGGUGAUGUCUUUAAAAAGAUAGACUGUAUUUACCUGAAUAGAAGACGGCUCUGUGAUUAAGGCAGCCCCCUGAAAAGAUACAGGUUAAGUAUAGAUUAUACCUGUAUUUAUCCAAAAGGCAGAGGAUUCUGAAUUUAAGACGACCGCCCCACCCCUGAUUUCUAACAUCAAAUAACUUGCGGGGAACCUAAUCUCGGAUUGGGGUAAAUACGGUAUACACAUGUUCACACUCCUCUGUCUAAAAGAACAUCUCUUUGAAUGAUUAACUUGCAUAACUAGAAAUGAUAAUCGCACCCUUUGUGUCAACAUGUGUUUGUUAAAUGCUUUCCCCCAGAGCCGAUAGUCAAAACGGCAGUGGAAAGGAUGGGUUAAAAAUUCCCAUCCAGUUCCACUGUGAUCCUGAUUUCUACCUCCCCUCCCAGCAGCUAUUUAACACAAGGGCAAUUCCAAAGGUAACGGAAUCAGGCACCUUACAAUUUUCAGUGGCUGUUUUUUCAGUGACUGUAGCCAUAAGCACAUUUUCAAGUUGAUAUUACAUAUACCCACGGGCGGGAACCGGUCUCCUACUGUAAGGCCGUAGUUUUACAAAAUCCUUAAAAAUUAUAGUGCCAAACAUGCCAAACAAGGUGGUAACGGAAUCAGAAAUGAUGUCUAGACCUUGAUUCUGUUUGUGUCAAACGGAACAGUCAAGAUGCACAUUUGUGAACAUGCAUUUUAACCAGUCAAAGGUGAUGUUUUCAAAGAGACAGGGCUGUUGUCAUCCUACUAGGUAGGAAUGGCAGGUUGUGUUUCAAAGUCCAUGUGGUGCCCCUAGCUUCUCUCUCCGAUGUGCGCCCGUAAGGACAAAGGCUGGCACACAGUGUGACGAUGGUACGCCAGCCUAGUAACACUGCAUGCAAGCCAUUUGUGCAAGUGUCACAGGAGAGUAAGCCCGUUCUUCUCAAUGGGCUUACUCUCCGGGAGCAUUUGUCUAGCCUGCGUUACUAGCUGCUGCACCAGUGCGCCGUAUAUAUCAGCCACUCUCUUCUCCUUCCGGGUCCGUGGUGGGCAGCUGACCUGGCUGGCAUUUUUGUCUGCAUUUUUGCCAAGCUUCUCAGGGGGCCGCAGCACACGCAUGCCAUCAAGCCGCUGACUUCGGAAGGGGUCCGAUUGCAAGCCUGCCACCCCAUGGCUUGUCCCAAAGCAGACCCCUUACCUAGCACUCCUGCAAGCCGCCUUUCUGCCUUCACGGCCGCGAAAGUUGCACAUGUCCGCUUCCAGCCAGCUGGCCUGCUUUGGGCAGGCCCCCGGACCUCCAUUUCCGCCCUCCUCUGCCCGCAUGCUCGCCCUGCUGCCUUGCCUGCGCCCACCUCUGUGUUGAAGGUGCUCAAGCGGCUCUCUCUGCUGCGUUUCUGUUCUCUUCUUUCUCCGCCUUCUCCUUCUGCAUGCCGUCUCUCGCGCUCUUGUGGGUUUUUUUGUUUUUAAAUUCUGCUUUCCCGAAGCCACAGCAAAGCACCUCUGUACUCUGCUUUAUCCCACUGCCUCACGCCAUUUCUGUUUGCCCUCCACCCGGGUCCGUUUGUAUUCCCCCUUUGCCCAUGUGACAGUCACGAAGUGAGAAGCAACUUGGCUGGAGGGUCUUCAUCAUUGUUUGCUCGCGCUGGAAGAAGUGACAUCACACUGGAGGAGGUGACAUCACGCGGAAGGAGGUGACAUCACACGGAAGGAAGUGACGUUGCUUCUGAAAAAACCACCUCAUCGUGGGCAGUGUGUGAGAGGAAGGUUGCUUUGGAAUUGGAAUUUCCCUCGGUCUCUCCCAAAUGCUUUCAGCUAAGUGGGGCACACGCUAGUUCUAACAGCGGGCCGCCGUCACUAGACGAAUACGGCCAAUCUAUAUAUACCACUUUCCAGCAAAAGUUCCCAAAGUGGCUUGCAUAGAUAUAAGAUGGCUCCCUGUCCGAAAAGGGCUCCCAAUCUACAAAAGAAAUAUAAGAUAGACACCAGCAACAGCCACUGGAGAGAUGCCGUGCUGGGGACGGAUAGGGCCAGUUGUUCUCCCCCUGCCCAGUAAAGAGAACCGCCAUGUUGAAAAGGUGCCUCUUUGCUCAGUUAGCAGGGAAUGAGCCCAGUGGGUAUCAUUGAUCGUUUUACCAGUGUUAAAGUAUAUUAGACGAACAGAAGGGGUGUGUCCUCUCGCCUGUCCAAAGCCUGAGAUCCGGAUUGCGAAUCUGCAUCCAUCCUUUGGUGGCCUAGGUGUGUGAAUGGGCCGUGGCAGCCACCCAACUGACGCAGCUUCCGUAUCACCUCAGCCAGGAUGCUGUUUGAUGGAGUCCUUCACAGUAACCGAAGGAUGUGUGGAUGGGCCAGCUCAGCGAGGCAAUGCUGAGACAGGACCCCUUUCCUUGUCCUCUAGUUAUCAGGAGGUGCAAAUCACACUCGAAGUUGCCACUGGGCCUGACAACUCUCUUUGCCUCGGCCAGCAGAACCAUCUUGAGAGACAAACGCUCACAGCGAUUUGGAGUAGUGUCUAACCCCCCAGAGAUGGAAAAGGGGUGACUGACAGCACUCCUGCACUUGGCAGUUUUUGGUGUGUCCUUGCCCCUUCUUUAUCUCAGCCCCCAAACAAUUCGGGUCAAACGGCAGUCAUUUCUGCACAGAGGAAAAGGUUAGGGUAACAACAAACGCACUGCUGAAAUCGAAAAAAUAAAAUACUACAACUAAGACUCUCUCCCUGGGAUAAUAUUGGGGGGACGUUCCUGCCAGUUUUCAUUGCCAUCCCUCUGACAACCAUGAUACAAUUUUAUAGUAAUUUGUGUGUGUGUUUUAAAGCUUGGGCGACACCAUUGCGUGCGGGCCCCAUGGCCAGGACAAAUCGAAGCGCAAGAACACACCGGAAAUUGAAAGCCUUGCAAUGCAGUCGCCUCUUCUACAUCUCUGGGGCCGCAGACCUUGUCAAAAACCACAAACUGGAAAUGGCCGUCUGGUGAAAAUUGGGGCUUGGACUAGAUGACCUCCAGGGUCCUUUCCCCACAUAUGAAAAAUCUCCAAGCCUCUUGAAGACUGGGCUGCAUCUCUGCGUGAGGAUCACUCUCUUAAGCGCUACCACUUAUAGGCAAGAAGAAUCGCAGGGACUGGGGACUCGGCACCACCAAAACCCAGAGCAGCCCUGCGCCACCGGACUGGACAUCCCAAAGUGAAAUACAGCUGCGGUCAAACCCAUGAUUCCUUUCCAAGAGCCCAGGCUAGAUUUGCACCGUUCCUCCUCUUAUUUUGCCAUCAGCUCCCUUUCUUUCUCUUUCUUCCUUGGUGCCAUAUAUGUAAGAUGAAGAGAAAUGUCUGCUUUUCAGUAUACAUACAGAUAUAUAUAUUUAAUCUAGGUGGACAGUAUAUUAUUGUCACCCUACCAGGAAUGUCCGGAUGAUCGCUGUGUCCGUGCGGCUGCAUCGGAAGCUAGGAGGGGUGUCGGCUUUGCUUUGGUCUCUAGUCUGCAGAGACAGUCCUGGGAAUCUUUACAAAAGGAUGGCUGCAUUCCUGCUCCCUUUAAAAAAAAAAAAUACGCCGAAGAGAAAACAUUUUCGCUAGUUGCUGCCACCGAGAAGGAAAGGCGAUUCUCUUCUGCCAACGUGCACAUUUUUAAGGGGACAGAGGAAUCCGGCCUUGUUUACACAGGUACUUUCCCACACUGUUAUAGGUGCCUUAGCUUGCAAUGGUAGCCUAGGAAGCAAUAAUGAAGGGGGUGAAAACAGACGCGGCGUUUUCAGGUGCUGGCUAGUGUUCAGCACAGACCUCUUUUGCAUUAUGAUUUGCAGCAUGGCCAAUUCAGAGUAGGGAAAAGCCAGGUAGGGAGAGCACCCAUUGGCGAGCACCCGCGACAUCACUAACUACUCUUUCUCCGUUUCCAAUUUUUGCAACUUGUAAGGACUGUGUCGAAUGGGUGGGAAGGGGGCAAAAUUAAGGUGGAUGUGACUGCAUAAAUGGGCAGUGCACUUUUAAUUUUUUUUUAGUUUGAGGCUGUGCAAGGGGAGGGAUUAGUCUGCAGUGCAUACAGUGAAGCCAGGCACGGAUUCCGGUGGAAGAGCCUGGGACUGCUCUUAAAAACCCAGUGCCUACCUUCAUUCAAAAGGUGCUCGGUUCACUACGUCUCUCCUCGACGUGGAUUUUUGUUGGCUGUGUGGAGAUUCUCAGUCCUCCAAGAGGUUCAAAGUAUGGGUGGCUCGUACAUUAUGGGUGCAAAGAAGUAAACUCCCCCCUCCCCAAAGCAGCAGGGCUGUGUGCCGCUGGAACUUCCCGCCCCAUUGACGUCAGGGGAGAGAGCAGUUUGUUGAACUUUCUGCCAAGGUGAGCUCCGCGUGUGCUCAGAAGCACAGACGGAGCUCCGCCGGAGAGCCUCAGACGUUUCACUUGAAGUCGGUUAAGUUGAGCAGCCAGUUUAUAAAAACUCUUCUAGACUUUCUCGCAAUCCCACUGAAGGGGGCUGGGGGAGUGUGAGCCUUUCCUCUAAGCCCAACCGCCCCCUUCACCCCCAGCUCCCCCAUCUAACACCCUUUCUUACAUCUGUAAAUAUCCAAGAGAAAAGAAAACAUAUUUACUGAAAGUUGUGUUUUAAUGCUGAAUAUUUUUCAAAGGUUCUGCUGCAUAUAGACUCCAUCCCGCCCCCUCAUGCUUGAAGUGUCAAAAGAUUUAAAGAUAAGCCAAAUUAUAUUUUAACAUACAAUGUCAAGCACUUUGGUGUUUUGUUUUGUUUUUUUAACAUUGAUUUGUGUGUUUACACACUGGAUUCUUUGAUGUAGGGGUGGGGUUUUUUUUCCCCGUUUGGUUUUUUUGGGGUGGUCUCUUAAAUGUGUUUUGUGUGGUUUCCAUAGGCCAAAAAGUGUAAAAGGUUCUGGUGUUUUGACUCAUUUGUUUCUGGAGACAGAAUUUGAUCAAAUAAAGUGCUUCCAUUUGAAAGCAAAAAGA